AUGGACAGGAGAUUAAGAUGGCAUGUGGAAUAGAGUCAGUGUGGAACAAUCGAUUUUUGCGGCCUCCGCCGGUUAUAUCUCUGCCUGCUCCAUUUAUGCAGCAAGAUAAGGUGAAAACAGUAUUGAAGAUUUUGAAAGAGAUGCAGGAAGACAAAGAGAAACAGGACAUUCUCGUUCAGGAAAAGUUUAUACUAAGCCGAAUUAUCUACAAAUUGAAUGCUCAGUUACGAAGUGAAAAAACUCUACAAUGUUUAAAGAGGAUAAAGGUGUGCUUGUCCAAGUUGACUGAAAUGAAAAUGGAGAAAACAGUUGAGGACUACCUUGGCAUACUAAAACAGAGCAAUUUGAUGGCCAGGACACCUUACCUCCCUUCACAACAGAUGAUAGAGCACCUGUUGGUCAGGUUGAUUGGAGCCAGGUACCUCUACAGACAGACUGCAAACUUCUGCAGCACAGCCUAUGUUCAUCUGAAACAACAGCUGGCCAUUGGUACAUUGGUACCUCAGAAUCUAACUCUGAUGGCUCUCAUCAGUAGGGUGUGGUUACUGUCGAGAGUAUGUUCCAAGUCUUGUGUACAGUGGUAUGACAGUAUUUACACUUGCCUGCCUACCUUUCCAUCAACUUCUCACAGAUGGUUACCACAGGGUUCAGUUUUACCCAGCACUAUUGCUGAACCAGAAGAUGAGUCAGAUGAAUCGGUCAUAAGUAAAAGUGCUUCCAGUGAGAGAAAAAUUGUAAAGGACAGAAACAGGGAAGAAAAGGGUGAUCAUUUUCAUGAAGAUGAUGACGAGGAAAGAGGAAUAAGUACUGACACAGACCAUGACCUUGCCACAGAAAGUUUAGCAGGAAAUGAUGUUUUGGGUAGUAAAUUCAAUAUCCAACAGGAAGAUUCAAGUAAAAUCAAGAGGAAAAACAGUGUUAGGGUUCGAUCUAGGACAGACUCCAACCAGAUGGAAUCAAGUGAGGAUGAAGGGGAAGUUGUUUCAAGAGAUGAACAGAGUUUUGGGACCGAGUCCCAUCCACUAGUCUUGAGUGAGGACGAAGGACAGCCUGUCACAAGAACAGGCCACAUUGAGAAAUCAAAUUCAUCAGUAUUCAGUGAAGAUGAGGGGGAGCCUGUAUCAAGAUAUAAUCCACAGAAGGAAGAGGGUCUUCCACACAAAAGAAUGAAAGUCACUGAAGACGAGUCUGAGGGAAAUGAUGAUGAAUCAGACAGAACUGUUAUUAAAAUGGAUAAUGUAGUUGAAUCAGUUCUUGAUGAAAAUAUUGUACAAAACAGUUCUGUUGAUGAACUUCUUUGGUUGCUGAGUAACAUGAAAAUGGCCUCCCAAGAGGAAAGGUGCCUUGUUCAAACAUAUGUAGAAGCUCUGCGGAAAUUGAAAGGCGGGUCUACAAAAAAGGGUCAGAAGAAAAAAAUGAAGCAAGCAAGAAAACUCAUUACAGAAUUGAAUGCAGAGCUUGCUCACAUUCGAACAACUUGUCAGAAAGAAGGUGCAAACAAAAAAGUGAAAAAACAAAAUAAAAAAAUAAAUAAGCCACCAAGGUCAAAUAAUGAAGCCAUGGAAAUGACUGAAACUAAAGCAGGGAAGAAACGGAAAUGUGAUUUGGACUGUGAUGAAUCUGACACUAUGAAGAAAAAGGGCAAACUAAGCCCAAGAUCAGAUGAACAAAAUGGUACAAAGGUUCCAAAUUAUUCUUCAGAUAAUAAGGAAGGAUUUUUAGCUAUGAUAAAACUGUGGCAAAGAGGUCUUCAUGAAUCUGCUGAAGUGACAGUGAAGGGAUUCAAAUACAAUCUUUGUGAUGAAUCAAAGAAAAGAAAAUUUAGCAAAAAAUUAAAGUUUCUCAAACGUCAAUUUUUGAAUGGAGACUUAUCAAAGAAAGAGUGUUUGGAUGCUAUUCAGUCCUUUUUAUCCUCUGUUUGAAAGAGUAAAAUAAAAACA